ACCAGCCACCGGUUGUUGCUUGCGCGCCACAUUCAACUUAUUUUUCCAGAGCCGCAGCUUCUAAGAGAACAAAUCACCUGUAACACUUUUUUUUUGUUAGCGGCACCUUUAUAAAUUCCGCCUCUUUGAAUAAAAAUGGACUGUGUGGAUUUUCCGAGAGUUCUUCCAAACUCGCCGAGGAAAGCCCGGGGACAAAUUCAGGUCAUCUUCGGGCCGAUGUUUUCAGGAAAAAGCACUGAACUGAUGAGAAGAGUGCGACGUUUCCAGAUAGCCCAGUAUCACUGCUUGGUGAUCAAAUACGCCAAAGACACACGCUAUUCGGACAAAGGCAUGGCUACACACGACAAAAACACAAUGGAGGCAGUACCAGCCAAUAGUCUGGGAGAAGUGAGGUCUCUGGCACUGAACGCCUGCGUCAUUGGAAUUGACGAAGGACAGUUUUUUCUAGACACAGUGGAGUUUUGUGAGGAGAUGGCCAAUUUGGGAAAGACGGUCAUUGUAGCUGCCUUGGAUGGAACCUUCCAGAGAAAGCCAUUUGGAAACAUCCUGAAUCUUGUUCCUCUCGCGGAGAGCGUGGUGAAGCUCCACGCCGUCUGCAUGCAGUGUUACAAAGAAGCUGCCUACACCAAGAGGAUAGGAGCAGAGCAGGAGGUGGAAGUGAUCGGCGGAGCAGACAAAUAUCAGGCGGUGUGUAGAAAGUGUUACGGGGGUUUAAUGGCGGACAAAGAGAACAGUGCUCCUCUCAGGAAUGAAACUCCACAACAGGCCCUCGCCGGAAAACUCGUGGACUGCGGAGUUCCCAGGAAGCUCUUCUCCUCUCUCCACCUCUGACCGCUGGCAUAAGACACGUGGCAGAAAUUCGGCGGAGAGUUGAGAAAUUGAACAAUCAUUUGUGUGUGUGCAUGUAUGAGGGCUUUGGAAAGAAAGUGUAUUUUUAUCUGAGAUACUUUUAAAAUUAUUUUGGAUUGGUGAUGGUUGGUAUUUAGGUGCUGAGAGUGUUUACCAUGGAAUCAGGUUUGAUUCUCUCCUGUUACUUUCUCCUGUAGGUGGUGUCAAAUUGUCAUGUUUGCUUGUUGCAGUGUUUUUACUUCAUCGGUAGGGACAUGUACUUGAUACGGUAAAUGACCAACAGAACAUUCAUUAGGCUUCAGACUACCAUGAACAUCUAUAACCUUUGGUGUAUUCUGAGACUCUUAACUGUAGUUUUUCUUUCUUGUCAUGAGGUUUUAAUUUAUUAUUUUUAUUUAAAAAAAGUUUGUUCUGCCAUCAUUCAUAAUGAAUUUGUGGAAAUGUUGACUCGUAUUUCAUUAUGUAUGGCAGAGAUGGAGUGGUAUUGUAGUAAAAUGUAUGAAUUCAAA